AUGCCUUCUAAAAUCGGUGCCCGGCUAGCCCGGCUGCUACCAAUGAUUGGCUACCACCACGUACUGAUGAUUAUCAUUGCGGUCGCCAUCAUCCUUCUAUCCCUAUUAUUGGCAGGAUGCUCGUCGUCCUCACCCCAGAUCCCUAGCAUAUUCCUGAUAUCACUAUACUACGAACGAUACUCGCCGACAUUCAACCUAGCGCAGGUAGAUCCUGGCGUGGUUACAGCAACGGCGAACAUCGUAGGAGGGGCCGAAAUGGAAGUCCGUGUGGGCUACUUCGGUAUUUGCGUGCAGCCAGAUGCGGGAUCAUAUAUUUGCAAUGCCAAUGCGACCGCCUUGGCCGAGAUUGUCACAGUCGAUCAAGACCCUCUGAACCUGAUUUGGGUUGCGUCAACGUUCAAAGAUGCUGUUGUGUUUCCGUACCUACUCAUCAUCGCCGUCAUCCUCGCCUUUUUCUGUUUCAUCCUGCUGGCUACCUUCCCUGGAUGGCACGACGAGCUCGAUGCUAGUGGUUCCGAAGUUGAAGCCAAGCCGUUUCCUUCGCGACCUGUCUCGCAAGCCGCCCUGGCUCUCAUCUUCGUCGCAUCCGUCUUCGUCCUCGUUUCCGUUCUCUGGCAACAUACCGCAUCCGUCGCCGCGAGCACCAUCGCCCAGGACAUGGGCAAUGGUAGUGUGAAGAGUGGUGUUGGCACCUCUGCCAUGGUACUGGGCUGGUUUGGGUUCGGUCUCAUGGUGGUCGUGACGAUAGGUCUUCUCGUCAUGAUUCUCAGCAUCAGCCUCAUCAGACAAUUGACGGACGAAGCAUAG